GUAGUUUUUGCUGUUUGCCCUGGUUGGCCGCAGAACUCCCCCGGCUGUAGUACUGUGCCCACCUCGCCAUGCUGGCCUGUCUGCAGAGGAGGCAGAACCCUCCACCCCAGCACCCCAUGUGUGCCAGCAAGACCCUGGAGCCUCCGCAAAUCCUUGGGCGGAAAUGUGACCUGGUGGUGCCCACACAUUCCCCACGCUACCCCACAGCUGCAGAGCUGGAUGCUUACGCUCAGAAGACGGCAAACAGCCCACUUUUCAUUAAGAUCUUCCCCACCAACAUCAGGGUUCCCCAGCACAAGCACCUUAACCGGACUGUGAAUGGAUACGACACCACGGGGCAGCGCUACAGCCCCUACCCACAUCUCCACACAGGGGGCUACCAGGGUCUACUUGCCAUUGUCAAGGCCUCUUCCUCUUCGUCCUCAUCAUCCACAUCUACCUUUGUCGCUUCAAAAGGUGUUCUCAAGAAUGCAGAAGGCAGACGGACUAAGCUCUCUCCAGCCCACAUAGCUGUCGCUCCAUAUCCACCCCCUAGUAAUAGCACUUUAGCCAGUGGUCAUGGCCAAAUGGUAUACCACACUGGGCCCUCAAAGCUUUCAGAAGCACCUGGACUGUCCAUUCCCCCAAAUGUCACUGUAGCUGGCUCAGUGAUUCCUGUAACAGGGGGUCGAGGCCUGGCUCUCCCUGCACAGUCCAACCUUCCCUCCAUCCAGAGCAUCAUCUAUCAGAUCAACCAGCACUGCCAGGCUCAGGCUCUGCAGCAGGUGUGUCAAGGGGCUUCCACUGCACCAACGAAUCCUAGCCCCUCCAAGCAGAGCUCGGCCGUCAUGGGGGUUACGUCUAGCUCCUCAGGUGGAGGUUAUGUAGUUGGAAUGGGUCCCCAGGCUAACAUGGUGUACACCGGAUCGGGGCUGCCGGCUCAAAGCGCAGAGGCAAUGAAGAGUGGCGUGUACGCAGACGGUAUGGACUACAUCCUGUGGCAGAAGCAGCAACAGCAACAACAGCAGCAGCAGCAACAACAGGCCGUCCUCCGCAUGUACAGCGGCGGCAGCGGAGGAGGAGGCGCCAUCAGCAAAUCUCCUGAAACCUGUGUCCCCGGCGGAGGGAUUAUGGCCACACAGGUGUCCUCCUCGUCCUCCAGACCUUAUCAUCUGACAGCGAGUGCCAGCGGGGGUGGCGGGCUCGAAAAAGUCAGCUCCUCCCCUUUGAACUGCAUGGGUAUGCACGGAAAUUUCUCAGUGGGUCAGUACUUUGCGCCACCGUGGAACAGUGUGCUGGUGACCCCCGACAGUGACUGCUACAACCCCCAGGAGCUUCUGGGCACCUCCACAGGUGGACCGACGACUGGGCACAGAGAAAUGGGCUACCCACACCACCAUCACCACUACCACCACCAUCACCACCACCAUCCUGCCAUAGACAGCGGCGGAGGGCUGUGCUGCAGCCUGCCUAGCAAGAGCUUGUGCAACACGUCCGUGCUGAGCAGCAGCUUGCAGUCCCUGGAGUACCUGAUCAACGACAUCCACCCUCCCUGCAUCAAGGAGCAGAUGCUCGGCAAAGGCUACGAGACUGUGUCUGUGCCGCGUCUGUUAGACCACCAGCAUGCACACAUCCGCCUCCCUGUAUACAGAUAGAUGGGGGGAGCGUGAGGACGAAGAGAAUCAAGAGUUGUGAAUUUGUGAAGAAAAUCAAAGUUAAAGAACAGAGAUGUGUUUAUUAAUUUUAUUUUUUUGUUUGUUUUUUCCGCGGUACAGGACUUUGUUUGCGAGUGCCACUGCUUUAACUAGUGUGGGAGCUUAGAGAAGAGCAGUUGCUGCACUGUUUAACCUUAGAUUUGUCGGUUUUAAAGCAGGCUAUGGGAAUCCCCAGACAAAGAGGAAGGUGGUACCAGACGAGAAAAAUACGAGAUUUCAAGAUCCUCCCGAUGUUUCAUUGCGUGGUUUGCCAAUAGGAUUUUUUUGAUUGACUUUGAUUUGUUUUGUUUUUCUUUCCUAAACUGGUUUUGAUGAGGAACAUAGCUUGACAAGAAGUGCAUAUGCCACUUGCAUCUCUUUUCCAAAUACUAAGGAUGAAGCUACUGUGUAGGUUGUCACUGAAAUGGUCUUUAAGGGCCAAUACUGAGGGCUGUUCGUGAAAUCCAAAAAACUCUGUAACAGAACGCACAUAAUAAAAUGUGCAAAAAACCGAGAAGAGUACGAUUAUAAGCAGUUCUUGGUGUUACUUAAAAAGGAUCAUAAGGUUGAGUCUAAAAGGGUAGUUGAUAUUAGUUAUUGUUGCUGUUAUAAUUGAUACAUUAAUUGCACUGCUUGAAUUUUGUUAACUUUGAAGUUUGGAAUUGGGUAGUUUGCAUAUGAUAUAUUUAAGAAACUUGAAAAACUUGAACCUAUUUUUUGUUGUUUGAUAUAUUUGUAGGUAUAUGUAUUGGCUGCUACGAGGAAAAGUGUCUCAAUUUCUUCUUUUAUUUUAAUUAUUAUUUUAUUGUUUUCCACAUUUGUUUUUAUGAUCGAUUAAUUCCUCCUCAAGCUGAUGUGCAGUUUAUUAUGUCCUGGUGUGAGGCAUAGUUGCUGCUUUGGUUCUGUAAGAACCCAUUUGGAGAACUMUUUUUUUUCAACCAACACUGGAAUCUACAAUAAAUCUCGACAUAUUUUAAAAAAACGGAAAAUGUGGCAAAAAAAAUAAAAAAGAAAAAGAAAUGUUACAAUGCAGAAUGUGAUUGGGAGGUUUUCUAUAUAACCUUACAUGUACGUUUAGGCAUGUGUGUGUGUGUGUGUGUGUGUGUGAGUGAGUGAGUGUGUGUGUUUGUGUGUGUGUGUGUGUGGCAGAGUGCAUGAGUUGAUUUUAAGUUUGUGUUUUUCAAAAUCCUCAGACUUUUUUUUAAAAGUUUUUGGUUUCAUAACCAGAUUUUCUUUCCUACAAACCGACAGACUGAUUCACCAGUCCCAGAAACAUUGGGAGUAAAUGUACAGAAGCUGACCUGCAAUGCUCCCCUUUCAGUGGAGGCUUUUAUAUUUUCUGAGUCAGAAUAGAGAUUUUAUUUCUCAUUUGACUCCUGUAGUUACAGCACUGCAGCCUCGUCUGUUAUCCGACUAACAGACAGCAGUGGAAACAAAUGAGAGUGUAUGAAAAAUUGAAAACAAUCAUGCCCUGUCCUUUGGCGUCAGAUGAAACAAGACCAAGCUCAUCGCUUUUUUCUUGCCCAUCUCAACCCGCCUCCCCCCCCAGGUUGGGAUGCAUUUAACCUAGGCCAGUCUUAACUUGAUAAAUCAGAGAAAUGAAAUAUUUAUUAUGGCUGUGAGAUUCCCUUGAAUGUACUGCACUUAAAUUACCGCAAUAUUGUAUUGCCUUGUGGGACUCAAGUGAAAGUGAAAAAUUGUAUCAGUGCAGCAGUCUUCUGGUCUUAAGGUGGGAUUUUUUUUAUUUUUGUCAGUCAAAUUAAAUUUAUUAACUGGAGAGGGAGAGAACAAGGGGCUUUGUUGUGGGGGGGAGGGGGGAUGCUGGCAUCGGUCUAGAUUUAUGAAGUGCAAUUAUUAUGACUGUAUUAACAUUUUUUUCUCUCUGAGCUUACACCAAAAAAAAUGUAAACUACAGUUGUCCAUACAUUCCCUAUGUACCACAUCCUUAAUCCUUUUCUUUUUUUUUUUUUGUUUUAAGGUGUAAAAUAAAUUUCUUUAAGAAUA